CUCCUGUUAUCUGUGGGGCGCAGUGCCAAGCACUUUAUGUACCCAUUGUAUUUAAUCAACAAGCCUGCCAGGUAGAAAUCCUUUCCUUGAUUUAAGAGUUGAGCAAACUGAAUCUCCAGAGGGCCAGGAUUUCAUGUUCUUUCCAUUCGCUCCCAUUUUCCUUGUCUCCUUUUUCGCAGUCCCAGCUUACUGCCUCUUUUAUCUUCAGGGCCUCUGUCCUUGCUCUUUGCCUGCCUGCCCCGAUGUCUCCCCAUGUUCCUUUAUCUGUUUUCCUGUGUCUUUUGUCUGCCCAGGUUUCUCCGUGCCUCUUUCUCCACUUUCAUGCCCUGUCCUCUUGGUCUCCUGCUCUGUUGGUCACAUCAGCUCUUGUUGCCAGUGUGUCUGGCUGGGCCUGUCUUAGCAUCCAGGCCGUUGCUUUUCAGCUGUUCACAUCUGUCUCCAAGUGCCUGGCUCUCCUGCAGUCAAGGCAGGGGCCAGCUGCCUCCCCUGGGACUCCGGUUGGGGGAGGUCUCCGUCUUGGGCUAGUGUGUUGGGCGAGUCUGUGGACGGUGUGCCCAGAGCCUGCUGGGAGUGAGGCCCGUGAAGCAGGGUGAGGGGCGGACCACCGUCUGCCUCAUUUCCUCCCCUGUGAGGUGUGGGGCGGAGUUACGUCUCCAGGUGUGAGGCACUGAGAGGUACACCUGGCGCAGGCAAAGGGCUGUGAUGGCCUCACUCGCCCGAUCCCUCCUUUGCCUUCUUCUGUUUGUUUCCCAUCGCCUUCCUCUCAGCACAGGUUAACUUAGACAUGUGUUUGGGAGUCACACCGGCCGGGAGUUGAGUGUGCACUGCCAGGCCUAGCGUGUGACCUUGGCUGGGUCAUUUAACCUCCAGAGCCCCAUCGCCUCCUCUGUUAGAACCCCACCCGCCCGCUGUUUUUAAUGAGAUAAUGCACGUCUUGUGCUCUUGCUCCCUGACUGCCUGGCACCAAGAGGGCGCCUGGCCCGUGGGCUGUGCUGUCCUUAUCUCUCCUGCCCUGAGCCUCCCCACCCGUGGGACCCCUCGUCCCUCUGGCAUUCCCUCCUGUCCGUCUCUGCUCCCCUUGUUGGCCUCCCUCCGCUCUGUGUGUCCUUGUUUCUACAGUGGGUUCUGUCCUCCAGGCCCUGCUCCAGAGGUCUUUCCUGUCCUGCCUCCUUCUCUUCCUUCCUGUGCUGUUUAUUGAAUGGCCCUUCCGGGCCAGCUCCUCUAAUGGGAAAAGCCGUGUCCACAGCCCCACAGGGGCUCUUGGCGUGGCUUCAGCCGCACAAUCAAACAGUAGGAAAAUCAUGAGGAAGGAGUUCCUGCUGUGGUGCAGUGGAGUAAGAACCUGACUGUAGCGGCUUGGGUUCCUGCGGAGGCUUCUCUGGUUACGGAACGCAGCCCCAUUUCCCAGAGGAGAAAACCGAGGUGCAGGAGUUGCUGGGCUGGGAGGUGGUGAGCCCCCUUGGGUCUGCGGUCGGCCCCUGUGUACUCCGCCUGGCUCCGCGGGGCCUCAGGCCGGAAGGAGCCGGGCGCCUUCGAGGAGCUGAGGGAUGCCUGGAGACCUCGGGCGGAGAUGUGGUGACCCGCAGUCACUGCUGUGGCCUCCCCCCCAGCUGCCCCAUCGCUGCUCGCCCGGGGGGCCGCCCCCUUUCGCGCCGCCCGCCACCAUGUCGACCUCAUCGCUGCGGCGCCAGAUGAAGAACAUCGUCCACAACUACUCGGAGGCCGAGAUCAAGGUGCGCGAGGCCACGAGCAACGACCCCUGGGGCCCGUCCAGCUCCCUCAUGUCCGAGAUCGCCGACCUCACCUACAACGUGGUGGCCUUCUCGGAGAUCAUGAGCAUGAUCUGGAAGCGGCUCAACGACCACGGCAAGAACUGGCGGCACGUGUACAAGGCCAUGACGCUGAUGGAGUACCUCAUCAAGACGGGCUCGGAGCGCGUGUCCCAGCAGUGCAAGGAGAACAUGUACGCCGUGCAGACGCUCAAGGACUUCCAGUACGUGGACCGCGACGGCAAGGACCAGGGCGUGAACGUGCGGGAGAAGGCCAAGCAGCUGGUGGCCCUGCUGCGGGACGAGGACCGGCUGCGGGAGGAGCGUGCCCACGCGCUGAAGACCAAGGAGAAGCUGGCGCAGACCGCCACAGCCUCUUCCGCAGCCGUGGGCUCCGGGCCCCCACCCGAGGCAGAGCAAGCCUGGCCGCAGAGCAGCGGGGAGGAGGAGCUGCAGCUCCAGCUGGCCCUGGCCAUGAGCAAGGAGGAGGCCGACCAGCCCCCGUCCUGCGGCCCCGAGGAUGACGUCCAGCUCCAGCUGGCCCUUAGUUUGAGCCGUGAGGAGCACGAUAAGGAGGAGCGGAUCCGCCGUGGGGAUGACCUGAGGCUGCAGAUGGCCAUCGAGGAGAGCAGGAGGGAGACAGCAGGCCAGGAGGAGUCGUCCCUCAUGGAUCUUGCUGACGUCUUCACGGCCCCAGCGCCUCCUCCGGCCACAGACCCCUGGGGGGGGCCGGUGCCCACGGCUGCAGCCAUCCCCACGGCUGCCCCUGUCUCGGACCCUUGGGGGGGACCCCCUGUCCCUCCGGCUGCUGAUCCCUGGGGUGGCCCGGCCACUACACCAGCCUCUGGGGACCCCUGGAGGCCUGCUGCCCCUGCGGGGCCCCCGGUGGAUCCUUGGGGUGGGACCCAGGCCCCUGCGGCUGGAGAGGGGCCUACCCCUGACCCGUGGGGGAGCUCAGAGGGUGGGGCCCCGGUCGGCGGACCCCCGGCCUCCGAUCCCUGGGCCCCGGCCCCGGCCUUCUCAGACCCCUGGGGGGGGUCACCUGCCAAGCCCAGCACCAAUGGCACCACAGUGGUCGGGGGCUUUGACGCAGAGCCGGACGAGUUCUCCGACUUCGACCGACUGCGCACGGCCCUGCCGACCUCCGGGAGCAGCACGGGGGAGCUGGAGCUACUUGCUGGAGAGGUACCUGCCCGCAGUCCUGGUGCCUUCGACAUGAGCGGGGUCGGGGGCUCUCUGGCGGAGGCCGUGGGGAGCCCGCCGCCCACAGCCACCCCAACCCCCACGCUGCCCACGCGGAAGACACCAGAGUCAUUCCUGGGGCCCAAUGCAGCCCUGGUCGACCUGGACUCGCUGGUCAGCCGGCCGGGCCCUACGCCGCCGGGCGCCAAGGCCUCCAACCCCUUCCUGCCGAGCGGAGCCCCAGCCACCGGCCCCUCCAUCACCAACCCCUUCCAGCCCGCGCCCCCCGCCACGCUCACCCUGAACCAGCUCCGGCUCAGCCCAGUUCCCCCGGUCCCUGGAGCACCGCCAACGUACAUCUCCCCCCUCGGCGGGGGCCCUGGCCUGCCACCCAUGAUGCCCCCGGGCCCCCCGGCCCCCAACACUAACCCCUUCCUCCUAUAAUCCAGGGGGGAGACCAGUGUUGUGAGUGCAUGUGAAGGGGGACCCCUGCCCCCACCCCAGCAACCCUCCCCUCGGGGCCCGCUCACACUACACCCUCUUCCCGCGUCCCCCGCUCCCCAUCCCUGGAGAGAAACUGGACGUGGGGGAUGGGGAGGGUGCUGGCCGGAGGAGGACCCUUCGCAUGGCAUUAGAAGGGAGAGGGACAGCUGGGGGUCCCCCACCCACGCCCCUCCCUCCACCUCCUGGCUGGCCCCUCAAUCAGUGUUUGAGCCUCCUUGUCCCCUUAUGCACCCCUUGGUGAAUCCUUGGUGAUGAUUUUGGCAACUUCGGGAAUAAAUGGCAAUUGUCAUGGGCAUGGCGCCCCCACGUUCCCA